ACGUGUCCUUCCUUUCUCUUUUUCCAACCCCACUUUAUAAACUCAAAAAUCAACACAAUUUCUCAUUUCACAUUUUCAAUUUUCAUUAUCAAUUUUUUUUUGCAUAUGAAGCUAUAGUAACAAUCAUAAUAUUCAACAAUGGUGGAAUUUGAAGAGGUUGAGCUUGAUUUAGGGUUAUCCAUUGGUGGAGCUUUCAAAAAACCGGUUCAGAAAUCAAAACCUGAAUUAGAAUCCGGUUUAACCGGUUUAUAUUCGGGUGAGAAUCAAAGCAAUGAAAUGCAGAAAAUGGAUCAAAAGCGUGAGAUUCUGGCUUUGAGGAGAAUGGAGGCGAAGAGAAAACGAGAGCAAAAAAAAGGAACAGAAAACCGGUUCGGAGAACCUGAACCGGAAUGUGAACCGGUUUUUAAGAAAGAGAAGAUGGAGUUUGUUAACGGUGCUGUGUCUUGGAUGGCUCCGUUUCAGGUGGUGCAAGCGCAACAGUAUGGAGCUGUGCAGUUUGUGCCGUUAAAUAACGGAAUGGCGUUACCGUUUUGGUAUGGGAGUGAGAAGAAUGUGGGUGGAAUUGAUGGUGUUAGUUUUAACGGUGGAGAUGGAAAAGUGAAAUCUAAUGGUGAUUCUUCUAGGUGUAGUUCUUCUGCUGUUUCUGAUUAUCAAAGCUCUUCUCGUGAAGAUGGAGGGAGCACAGACAGUCAUAGCCGCAGCCGCAGCCAUUCAUCUAAUUCAUUUGCAGAACUAACUCAGUUGAAAAAUUCCAAAGAAACCAACACCAGAAAAACCCAACCUGAAGAAAUUGCAUCAUCUCAUCCUACAAGAAAUCACAACAAUGUGAAUGAGUCUCAAACUCAUCCAAACAACAUGCAACUGCAACAAAAUCCAAUGAAACACAAUGCACAACCUGCUACAAUACCAAUGAAAAAGCCUUUACCUCAAAUGCCAUAUGUAUCAACAAAAGGAAAUGGACCCAAUGGUAAAACAGUGAAUGGUUUUUUAUACACAUAUUCAAAAUGUGAUGAAGUUAGCAUUGUUUGUGUCUGUCAUGGAAGCACAUUUUCACCUGCUGAGUUUGUGCAGCAUGCUGGAGGCACAGAUAUUACACAUCCUCUUAGACAUAUCACAGUAAAUUCCUCUGCCUUUGGAUGAUGAUGAGGAUGGUCUUUUUUGUCUUUUAAUUAAUUAUUAUUAUCAGUUUUAUUUUAAGUAGCAGAAGAAAUUAUUCAAUUAAGUGUUUAGUAAUGCACUAAUGUGGAUGUUUAGGCAGAGUAUAUAUUUUGUUGCUGGAGCUUUGGAGUUUUUUCUAUCAACUAGCUAUUCUAAUUUCUAACCGUAUUUAUUAACAAUUAACUUCAUUAUUUCCUUGUCUAAGAUUUUUUACUAGUACUAC